CCUGCAGGCCCAGGCGGGAGAAGCGCCGCGGGUUCUGACUGCAUCUCUCCGCAGAGCAGGCGAAGUGCUCAAAACACAAGCCACAGCUCCCGCCGCACUGCUUUCCUCGCUUGCGAACCCCACACUAAGGAAGAUGUGCAAAGGACUCGCAGGGCUGCCGGCUUCUUGCUUGAGGAGUGCAAAGGAUAUGAAACAUCGGCUGGGUUUCCUGCUGCAGAAGUCUGAUUCCUGUGAACACAGUUCUUCCCACAGCAAGAAGGACAAAGUGGUGAUUUGUCAGAGGGUGAGCCAAGAAGAAGUGAAAAAAUGGGCUGAAUCACUGGAAAACCUGAUAAGCCAUGAAUGUGGGCUGGCAGCUUUUAAAGCUUUCUUGAAGUCUGAGUACAGUGAGGAGAACAUUGACUUCUGGAUCAGCUGCGAAGAGUACAAGAAAAUCAAAUCACCAUCCAAACUAAGUCCCAAGGCCAAAAAGAUCUACAAUGAAUUCAUCUCAGUCCAGGCAACCAAAGAGGUAAACCUGGAUUCUUGCACCAGGGAAGAGACAAGCCGGAACAUGCUGGAGCCUACGAUUACCUGCUUUGAUGAGGCCCAGAAGAAGAUUUUCCACCUGAUGGAAAAGGAUUCAUACCGCCGCUUCCUCAAGUCCCGCUUCUAUCUUGAUCUGGCCGGCCCUUCCAGCUCGGGGUCGGAGAAGCAGAACGGAGCCCGGAGUUCUGCAGAUUGCCCUUCCCUGGUCCCCCAGUGUGCCUGAUUCCCGCCCCGCGGCGGAGCGCGGAAACGCCAGGACUCUAUGCCCGGAACCCACGAGGCCAGAGACUGCCUGCAGUAAGCACCAGUGCUUUAUCCACGUCGCAGCUUAGUGUUUAUGCACCUGCCGUGUGCGAGCCACUCCCGUGUAAAAAGUAGAUGUAGUUCUGGUGUUUGCGUGUUCAUCAGGGCGGGACCUCAUUCCGCUCCAGUCUCCCCAGAUUUCUUUUAGGGUGCCAAGUGAGCAAGUCUCCAAAUAAUGGUUCUGUAGGUGUGCAUUUUCAAAGAUUGUUGGCCGUUCUCUUCUCCCCGUGGUCUGCCCUCAGGUUGCUUGUUGGUACACUUCAUGGCGACAUGCACAUGUAUUCUGUUAGCCAGCACUUUCUCCAAACUCUGAACAUUUAGAUGAGGUUGAUCUGCUAUGUGUGUGUGUGUGUAUAUACAUAUACACACACACAUAAGUAUAUGCAUAUUCUCUCUGUGUGUAUGCAUACAUACAUAUUUCAGCAAAAGUAGAUAGGCAAGACUUCAGGUGCUCAUAACUAGAGUGUGUGUACGUACUUGCAUAUACAUGUCCUGAUUCCCAGUCUUUCAUCCUGCAGCCAACCAGGGCAAAUCAAACCAGCUGCCGCGUGGGCUAAAAAGGAACGCUGACCUAUGGGAAGUUGGAAAGGCCCAUAAGUUACUUUCUAGCUCUACCUACCAUAAGAUGCUGGCCGAGGAAGGGCACAGGAUGUAAAGGUUAAUAUUCUUAUCCUCAGCCCUUUUUCCUCUCCUGAUCAAGGUGCUCUUCUCACUGUUUUUUCCUGAGAACUCUAGCCAUCAGGUGAGGCUCUGUAAGUCACUGCAGUUGCUUGCUUGUUUCCCCAGAGUGGCUCUGGGCUGUCUGUCUACACUAAUAAGUCAGCAGCGAGAGAAAGAUUCUAUUUUGUACGGGAGAAACCUGUUUUCACAAACUGAAAAGCCCUUGUGAGUUCCCCCUUUCACAGUAGAAUCUCAUUCAUGCCAUCCCAGACAUGGGGGCUAACAGAGUCUGAAAGCCUUUCUUUCUGGGCUCUGAGACUUCAUGAGAGAGGAAAGAAGGAAAAAAAACAACAACAAAAAAGGAUACCAAUUGUUAGAACUACUGUUUGGAACUUUUCAAGGCACAUAAAAUACUUGAAAAUUUCUCAUUUAUGUUAUUUAUGAUGUUUUGUACAGUGAUUUUUUAUUAUUGUGUUGUUUUAUAAAUGGAGGUGCAGGAUAUCACCCGAAUUAUUAAUGAAUGGCCAGGAAGUAAUUUUCUUCUCGUUCUUCUAAAAGUAUUGCCUUUGAAGGGUAUGCAUGUGCAUACAUGCACACUGCACCAGUUUCUCCAGUAUAAAGUCCAUGUGUGAUCAUCUAUUGGCUUUUAUGCCAAUAGAAUGGGUGGCAAAAUGAAGAUACCAGAGUGUAAGUCUGCAAAUCUCAUUGUAUCUGAGAUGUAGGUUUUCUCUACUGCACCCUUUGGGUCUCUCUGGCUUCUCGAUUUCAAUGGCCCCAGAGUUCCACACCGGAACCCAUUUCCGUCAUACACAGUUUCACGAUUUUGUCUCUGGUUGAUUCCAGGAUCCAGACAUGUAAUUUGGUUGGUCUUGCCCUAAUAUGACUGUCACGACUUUCAGAUUGUGCCUGUACUCAUGACCUGCUGUCUCACAAAUAGGUCUGGAAGGUCAUUCUGAAUGAGAAGUAAAUUAUUUUAUGUAAUACA